CCGGAUGAGGCUUUGGCGGCAGAAUAUCCCGUAGUUGGGUUUGGAAAGAGGUAUCUCAACUCUGGUCUCUUCCUUGGUUACGCGAAGCAGGUCUACAAAAUGAUUAAUAUUGAGAUGGUUGCUGAUGACGAGGAUGAUCAGCUCUAUUACACUAUGAUUUAUCUAAAUAGCAAGCUGAGGAAAGAUCUCAAAAUUGGACUAGACUCAGCCUCACGCAUCUUCCAAAAUCUAAAUGGAGUCAUUGACGAUGUAGAAUUGCAGUUUGACGAGGACACUGGAGAAGCUUUGGCCUAUAACGCAGCUUACAACACCCAUCCAGCAAUUUUGCACGGCAAUGGUCCUAGUAAAAAUCACCUGAACUAUUUGGCAAAUUAUAUGCCAGAUCGGUGGUCUUCGAAGAAGGGGUGCGCAUACUGUGGAAAGAAGCCGAGACUUGAUCUUUCAAUUGCUGACGAACCCGAGUUCCCACUUGUUACCGUAUCCAUUUUCAUUGCCAAACCAAUACCUUUUAUUGAAGAGAUGCUUGAAGCGUUUGCUCGUCUGGACUAUCCAAAGAAAAAGAUGGCGCUGUAUAUUUACAAUUCUCAACCAUUUUGCAUCAAGACUAUUAUGGAUUUCUUGUCCAAAUAUGGUACGGAGUACUACUCGAAGAAGAUUAUCAACGGUGUCACCGAGAUAGGCGAGCGAGAAGCUAGAGAUGAAGCUUUGUGA